CUCUCUCUCUCAUCACUUUCUCUCUCAAUACGUAUAAUUAGGGUUUGAUGCGCAAUGCCGGCGGCGAGACAUUUCGACAAGGGUGACAAAGUAGAGGUGAACAGGGACGACGACGACGACGCGUCUCUGUGGUUCCCGGCGAUCGUAAUCCGAUCAGUGCCGGUGAAGCACAGGGGCCAGAUUUACGUGGAGUACGAGACUCUCAACUCCUCCGGCUCCGCCGAUGACGAGACUCAGACCAAACGCCUCAGAGAGUACGUCUCUGCUGCCAAAGUCAGGCCUUCGCUUCCUAUAGAGCUCCACCGGUACUUCAAGGUUGGAGACAAUGUCGACGCAUUUCGCCGGAACGCCUGGCGUCAAGGAACAAUUGAUGACAUACUUGAGAAUUCCAAGUACUCUGUCUCGUUCGUCGGCGGAGUUCAUGAGAAGGCUGAGUUCGAACUGUGGAAUUUGCGGCUUCAUCGCGAUUGGGAUGAUGGCUCCUGGAUUCCCCCUCUCGACCUACAGCUACAGGGAAAGUCAUCUGAGUUGGAUAUGAAACGCAGAGAGUUGAAACUCAGGAUUAAGUAUAGCGGAAGAGCAUCAGAAGCAAAAUUCAGCAAGGGAACAAUGGUUGAGGCCAGAAGCAACAAAGAAGGAUACCAGGGUUCUUGGUACACUGCUGUUAUUAUUGACUCAAUAGGGAAUGACAAGUUCUUGGUGGAAUACCAGACACUCUGGACACAUGGUGAAACUGAGCUCCUCAAAGAAAAUGUUGAUGCUUCUUUCAUCAGGCCUUGUCCCUCUGAGAUUCCACAGAUCAACCAUUUUGACAAGUUUCAAGAAGUUGAUGCUUGGUAUAAUGAUGGGUGGUGGGUGGGUCAUAUCUUCAAAGUUCUUGAUGAAUGCAAGUACAUAGUCCAUUUGGGGAGCACAGAUGAGGAAAUCACGCUUGAACAUUCUAAAUUGAGGCCUCAUCAAGAGUGGAUUGAUGGUAAAUGGGUUGCUACUUCCAGGAGUGCAUCUGAGUUGGAAUUGAAGUCCAGAGCGAGAGAGCUAAAAUUCAAGACAAAGUACAGUGGAACAACUUCAGAAGCAAAUUUCAGCAAUGGGACAAUGGUGGAGGUCAAAAGCAAUGAAGAAGGUUACCAUGGUUCUUGGUACACUGCAGUAAUUGUUGGCUCAAUUGGGAAGGACAAGUUCUUGGUCGAAUACCAGACACUGAAAACAGAGGAUGAAACUGAACUCCUUAAGGAAAAGGCAGAUGCUUUACACAUUAGGCCUUGUCCUCCUGUUAUACAACGGCUGGACCGUUUCAAACUUUUAGAGAAAGUCGAUGCAUGGUAUAAUGAUGGAUGGUGGGUGGGUCUUAUCUACAGAGUUCUUCCUGGCUUAAAUUAUGCUGUCUAUUUCUGGAACACCAAUGAGGUAUUAGAAUUUGGUCAUUUUAAUCUGAGGCCUCAUCAAGAAUGGAUUGCCGGAAAAUUUGUUGCUGAUUUCAUGAGAAGGUCAUCUGAGUUGCCACUGAAGCCCAGACCAGGAAAGUUGAAGAGGCAGAAUGAUUUGAGAGCACUGGAGCCAAACUGCUUUACCAAGGGAAUGAAGGUUGAAGUCAGAAGUGAUGAAGAAGGUUACUCAGAUUCUUGGUACCCAGCAGUUAUUAUAGGCUCUAAAGGGACUGGGAAGCAUUUGGUAGAAUACAGGACACUGAAAACUGGUAAUGAAAUGGAACUCCUUAAAGAAGAGGCUUAUGCUUUGUUCAUAAGGCCUUGCCCUCCUGUAAUUCAACGUGUUGAUCCUUAUGAACCAUUUGAAGAAGUUGAUGCUUGGUAUAAUGAUGCGUGGUGGAUUGGAGGUGUCUCCAAAGUCUUCCAGGGCUCAAAGUAUGCGGUCUACAUCAGGAGCACUAAUGAGGUAUUGGAAUUUCAACAUUCUGAUUUGAGGCCUCAUCAAGAUUGGACUGACGGUAAAUGGGUGGUCCAUUUGAGGGGUCGAAAGUCAUGAAAAUUGAAUGAAGUGUGAAAGGUUAUUCAUGCAAGCUUGCAACCUUAAAUUGCAGAGAAGGUGUUCAAACAACAUCGAUAAAUCAUUAGCCAAAUUUUAUUGGAAUUGAUGGUCUUAAUGGUUUCAGUAGCUGAGCCGAUAGGUGUAGCAUUUUACUUACUAAUAAUUAACCGACGCCUCUGGAAUGAUGUGCUGAAACUUGGUUGCUCUUGUAAAUUUGGUGUCUAGAUAUAUCUCGAGUUGUGUACAGCUAUCAGCCCUUUUGUGAUCAGAGUAUGUACUUCUCACAACAGUUUAGCCCUAGGAUGGGGAGUUUUUAGAAUAUGGCAUGAAUAUUGCUCAAAUCUGAUUUUGGAAACAAGUUUAGGCCAAGUAGGGGAUUUUUUUUUAUUUCUUUUAUGCAGCUAUACUUUGCUAUCACUUCUGAAUUGUUCUAGUGAAAAACAGGAAAGAAGUUGUCCAUAACUUAAUAUUCAAGAAAAUGUGAAAACAUAUGAAAAAUGAAUAGGA